GGAGGGAUUUCAAGAUGAUAUUCAAGGCGUUGUUUGCCCUUCUUGUCCUUGUGGCCCUAGUCGGCGCCAAUCCACUUCCCGGUAAAUUCCUGUUCGGUGGCGGGUGUGGAAAAUGUGGAGGAAAGGGCGGAUUCGGACAUGGCGGUGGCGGUUACGGUGGCGGAGGAUUCGGACACGGUGGCGGAGGAUAUGGUGGUGGUGGAUUCGGACACGGCGGCGGAGGAUAUGGUGGUGGUGGAUUCGGACACGGCGGUGGAGGAUUCGGACACGGUGGCGGAGGAUAUGGCAGCGGUGGAUUCGGACACGGCGGAGGAGGAUACAGCGGCGGUGGUUUCGGACACGGCGGAGGAGGAUACGGCGGCGGUGGAUUCGGACACGGCGGUGGCGGUUAUGGCGGCGGAGGAUUCGGACAUGGCGGUUAUGGCCGGUAAAGACGAAUCUGACAGGUGAAUACAUUUUCUCUAAACAAAA